UAUAAUACAAAAAACGUUAGUGAAAAUCACGAUAUAAUAAAUAAAUUAGUUAUUAAAUAUAUAGAAAAAACAAAAAUAUGGUUUGAUUUUCUUAUUAUUCAUAAUUAGUAUAAAUAUUCUCAAUGCUAAUAAAAUUAACUAACAAUUUAAAAUUCAAAAUUACUCAAAAUUAUCGAUUAUUCUUUCUUUAUCCAUUGAUAAGGAAGUAUGAAGUCCAGCAUAAACCCAUUAUACAGAGCUAUUUUAACUCACAUUUCCAUCUAUAUUUGCAAAAAAGAAAAAAUACUGAAUUUAAAAAAAAUGCUAUAUCUGUAUAUUCUCGCACUCCAACAUCAAAAAUACUAUCAACAAAACUUAAAAAUAACUCUAAAUUUAGUAUACAUCAAUUUGACACCUAUAAUUUAGUUUCUACACUAGAAACAACAGGUUUCACUCAUAGUCAAGCUGUUGCUAUUAUGAAAUCUAUUCACGCAUUAAUUAAUAAUUUAGAAGCAGCAAAAACAAAGUUUAUUUCUCGUUCAAAUCUUGAAAAUGAAACUCAUUUAUUCCAUACAUCCCAAUCAGAACUUAAAACAGAAAUUCAAUCUAUGAGGAAAAAUGAAACAGCCAUUUUAUAUACAGAAACGUCAAAUUUAAGGAAACAAUUAGAAACAUUAGAGCAGAUACUUAAAGAAGAUUUAAUAGCUUUAAAAAAUGAUGUGACCAUAGAUCUUAAUGAAAGAAAAAGCUCAAAUAAAGCAGAAGAAAAAAGUAUCGAGAUAAAAAUUCAAGAAUUAAAUAAUAAAUUCAUAAUUAUUCUUGGAGAAAUUCGAGCAAUGUUAGAAAAAAGUAAAUGGGAUGCUACUAGAUAUGGAAUGUUUGCAAUAUUUAUCAUUGCAGGAUUUGCAUUAAUUGUUAUUUCUGUGCAAGAUACUUUUCAAAAAAAAACUUCUGAAAUUAAAUCAGAACUUUAAUAAAGCAUAUGAUUAAUUAAAAAAUAAAACAUUAAAUAAUUAUACAUUAGAUGUUAUUUCUUUGUUCAAUUCUUUUUUUUUUUUCAAAGUUAUUUUAAAUUAUGAUAUAAAAAAUACUCGUUAAAUAAAUUUAUAAAACAUAAAAAUUAUAAAUUAAAAAAUUAUCAAG